AUGGCACUAACUGAGAAGUUUGAGUCGCCAAUAGCACGUCCAGGUGAUGACAACGACUCAACUCCUCCUCCCCCACCACCUAGUUUCCCUCCGCCAAAACCAAAGGCCCCUCAGGACAAGCCAACUGACAGCAAGCACUCCAAAAACACAAAAUCUCAAGGUGGUAGUCAGGGAACUCAAUCACAACCUGCCUGCUCCACAGCAAGCGCAUCUGAGAUGGCAUCUGCAGCACCUCACUCAACCGACCAAGGACAUCAGUCACCACUUCAAUGCCUUGCCCAAGCAGCUGCACAGAUUCAUUCACCAACCUCUCCUGAGGUUAAAUUGAGAAUGACGGAAGAUGCUUGCACACCGAACACUACUUGGGUUAAUGCAUUGUUUGUGUUUCCACCUCCGGGCGUGUUUCAAACUCCACCUCCAAGAAAAGUCAGUUUGGAAGAUAUGCAAGCAGAGCCAAACAAGUAUCAGAUCAUUAUAUCACCAGAGGUUCAGCCUGUUUUUGACGUCGAACCAGUCAAUUACAUUCCUCCUACAGAACAGAUGACAAGAGCUGAGUUCAUCAAGCCAAUUUUAGAGGAGAUAUCAGGGCAGGACUCAGAAUCUAUUGGCCUCUAUUGUUAUGUGGUUAGGACGAAGAGAAAGGAGAGAGUACAAAAAACACAUCAUAUUUUCUGGUGGGACGAGGUGAAAGAGCAAAGGCAGAGGGCGAAAAUGACCAGAAUCACAGCACAGGAAAAGAAAAAAGGACAGACAGCUGAACAGAAGCCACAGGAGGAAGUGAUACAUGAUUUGACGAUUAAUGUGGAUGACGAGGAACAAACAGAAAAAAACGAAAUUGAAGUGAUAGAUUGGCAAAAACGACAACUGUACAACCUACUUGACAGCCCAACUAAAAGCAAACUAGAGAAGUACUGGAACAAGGCAGAACAAAGCGUAUUAUUCUGGGAGGGAAAAGAGCCUGGAAGCGAAAUCACAAGGGCAGAUGUCAAAAUGUUCAUAAGCGAUCAAUCAAUAGCAAACAACUGGAUUGAUUGCUAUGGGGAAAUGUUGAAGGAUGAACUGCAAAACGAAAGUUCACAAAGUUUGGGAAGAUCUGCUUUUAUGCAUAGCAUGUGUUGGUAUUCGACAAUACAUUUAACUGUGAGAAACCUCCAUCAAUACUUGUGUGAGCCGCUGUUCCAAAACAUGGGAAAAUGCAACAUGCUUUUCUUCCCAAUUACCCAUAAUGAAGAAUUUCACCACACGCUCUUGGUCUUUGACAAGGACAUACCGCAAUGGCUGCAUUUUGAUUCAAUGAAACCAAGAAGAGCAGGAACAGGGGAGUGCUUUAAAAGUAUAAAAAAAUUGGUUGAAAUGGUCGAGCUGUGGAUGAGAGCAGUGAAAGAUCAAGCAGAUGAUAUGCUGCAGCAAGGCUGCCGAAUGAAAUUUGACAAGAGUCAAAGCACUCACACAAAAUUAAAGAUGGUUGAAAGUAUUUUGAGCGAUGACGAAAUAAGAACAAUAAGCUGGAUAAAGGAAAAUUAUGAUGGUGGAAGGAUCCCUUUGAACCAUGCCAGAAUCUGCCCCCAACAAGACCAAGGAUCAUUAGAUUGCGGACCUUUUGUAAUGUAUUACAUGGACAGAAUGGCAAAAGAGGAGAAGCUGCCAAACAAAGUCACCAAAGCUCAGAUGAUGAAGUUCAAAGCUCAAAUAUUCAAAAAAUUUGCAGAACAUAAGCAGAGCUGGAACUCAGCAAAUUAAGAAUUUUAGAAAUUUGUUUGUUUAGUUCAGAAUUUCAGAAAUUUGUUUGUUUAGUUCAGCAAAUAUACUUGUAUGGAUCUUUUUAUUCAAGUUUAAUGCA